GGCUCUAGUGUCGGCACGUUCCUCAUAGCAACAUGCUCGACGUAGAAGGUCCUUCUGUUUCAGGCAGACCCAACGCAAGGUAUGACGAACUGCUGGCUCCAUCGACCUCAAAGGACAAUGAGGAUACCUUUAACAGGGCUUCAGCAUCCUACACAAACUUGGAUGAGCGGUACCGUGCUGCCAAGCGCACCUACGAGCGGCAGUUCGCACAGCUCUACUUCUCCCGCCUUAUGCUACUCAAAGGAGUUAUGCGGAAGCGUGUGGAGCAGGUCUGGCCCGGCGUGCCAGUGUGCAGUAUCCUCGAGGUACAAGAGAGCAAGGAGGUGGCGGUAAUCGGGACGAUUUUCAAGAACAUGAAGCUCAAGCCCAGCAUCCUGGACGAGUACACCAAGGAUAAGGGGCUCAAAGCUGCGCUGGGGGCCACCAGUUUCUGCAGCGAUGACGACAGCGUAGUGCUGGAGGACGAGGGCGCACGUAUGGUGCUCAGCGUGCUCGCGGGUGGCGGCGAUGGGGCUGCAGCAGCGGCGGCGGGGGCGGGGCAGCCAGGCGUCGGGCCCCUCAAUGUGCAGGAGCUGGUGACGGGCCUUGUGCUGGCAGUCCGCGGUGUCCAUGAGCCAGGUGGAGACUUCUUUGUUAGCGCCGUUUGCUUCCCCGGCAUGGCGUCGCACCCACACCCGCUGCCGUCCCCCGCGCAAGCUCCGGCGGUGGCGGGAGCGGAUGCGGCGGCGGCGGCAGCCUUGCCAAGCGACAAGUACAUUGCGUUGGCAUCUGGGUUCAGCAUUGGGGGCUCUAAAGCUGACAUGCUGAAGACCCAGCUGGCCCUCGACUUCCUGACCGGCAACCUGGGCAGCCCCACGGAGCAGCACCUAUGCUCGCAGAUCGUACGCCUGGUGGUGGCAGGCGGCUGCAUCGGCCAGCUGGAGGCCUUAGCAGGCGGCAACGGCGCCUCCUCCCACGCCUACAACCGGCAGGCGCAGGGCGCGGCGCUGCAGCCGGUCCGCGACCUCGACCUGCUGAUGGCUGAGGUGGCGGCGGCCAUGUCGGUGGACGUGAUGCCCGGGCCGGAGGACCCGGCAAACGUGGCGCUGCCGCAGCAGCCCAUGCACAGGUGCCUCUUCCCGGCGGCUUGCACACACGGUUCCUUUGUGCGCGCCACGAACCCGCAUGAGUUCGAGGUGGAUGGCGUGCGAAUGCUGGGGACAAGCGGGCAGAACGUGGACGACAUGGCCAAGUACUGCACCAUACGGGACAGGCUGGACCUGAUGGAGCGCUCCUUGGCAUCACGCCACAUCGCACCCACCGCCCCUGACACCCUCACCUGCUACCCCUUCCAAGACCGAGACCCCUUCAUCGUGGAGGCCACCCCGCAUGUCUACUUUGUGGGUAACCAACCGGAGUUUGCCACUCGGCAGGUGGAGCAGCGGCCGCAGGGCGGCUACCAGGAGUGCCAGGAGGCUGGGGCGGCAUCUGGGUCCGGGUCUGGAGGGGUGGCGGUUCGGCUGGUAGCCGUGCCAAGCUUUGCACGGACCGGGACCAUGGUGUUGCUGAAUUUGCGGACGCUAGCGUGCCAUCCGAUUCGCUUUGACGGCAGUUUGGGGCUUUGACAUUGGUACCAUUGUCGUGCUAUCAUGGCUCCACGGGGCAGGGUUGGGGAGGCGUAUCGGGCCUGCACUGUUCAUUACUGCCAUAGCGCCAGGUAGAAUAGAGUUAGAUGAGGCAAGUGUUCUCUGGCAUGUGUCCUCUGCAUAGGUGGAUGAUGCCUAUAAGGCAUGCUCCUUGCAGGGCGCUGCGGCGUAGAGAUAUGGUAGGCACAAUGCUGGAGACUGUGGAAGCGCAUGGGGGUCAGUGAGGAACGAAACCAGUAGUAAAGACUGGUAGAAAGGCUGGAACUGGCUUGGGUCGUGGGAUCGUUACCCGCAUGCAUGCCAAUUGCAUUACGCCUGUGCCGACCGUCAGUUGCUUCCUGCACGGCAAGGAUAGUAAUGAUGCAUGUAGCGGUUGAUCUGCCACAAUUACUUCAAGGCACCGUUUUGUCGCACACACUCCAGUGCCAGAGGAGUCGCACCCCUCAUCAACUUACACCGCCUGGGACCUGGCCUGCGGGCCCAGACUCCGAACAGCGUCUAAGAGACCCA